CUGCCGACUACCAGGCAGAAGUAGCUUUGCCAGCUCAACCAGCUAGCAGACUUCUUGCCCUAGGAAUCAAGCUGGGCCGUACUACAACCAGAUACGUAAUCUUUCCACCAUCUCCACUAUAUGCAUAUGGAACUUCCUGAGUAUCGCGUGGAAGUUCCUUCCGAUACGCGAUUGAAUGCUUGCGCACAAGAAAGGCGCAUGUAAACAUGUUUACAUAUAUAUAAGUAAUUCCAAGAAGGCCAAGAGACAAUGGUACCUGUCGCAGUCUCCCCCACUACUGUCACAGAAUCUGUUGCCACCUUGAAGACAUUGGUUGUCUCUCCACAACCCAAUACUCUCCACGACGUCAUCGCUCAAGCUGUCAACCUCUAUCCGUACCACGAGUUUGGUUUCAUAACAUCCUCUGCACAUGACUCCUCCAUCCAGACGAAGACCUUCAGCGCGUUCAACCAAUAUGUUCGCAACCUCGCACGUGCUAUGCUAGAGUGGGGCAAACCCACAGGCUCCAUCAUCGUCGUAUAUCUUACGGAGCAUGAAGAUAAUAUGGCUGCUGUAUGGGCCUGUCUGAUGGCCGGCUAUGUACCAUGCUUGCAGCCUACACUCAGCGCACAACAGGCGCACAAGGAGGGCCAUGUCGCCCACAUCAAGAACUUGUUUGGGUCUGCUACUUGGCUGACCAACGAGGUUGGGGCCGAACAGAUCAGCACCAUUUCUGGUCUGGAUAUUCACCUACUCUCCGAAUUAAAGGCAUCAGCGGAGACAUUUGACGUCUCAGUUGACUGGGUUGCGUACGAGGCAAAGCCGGACGACGAGGCGAUCCUGUUCUUGACCUCGGGGUCGACUGGAUUCUCCAAGGCUGUCGUUCACACGCACCGCACUAUUCUGGCCGCAUGCCAUGCCAAGGGGCACAGCUACGGCCUGACUUCCGAAUCUCAAGUCUUGAACUGGGUCGGAUUUGACCACGUCGCGGGAUCGUUAGAAAUGCACAUCACACCUCUGUUGUAUGGCGCUUCGCAACUCCACGUGCACGCAUCUGCUAUCCUCGCUGAUCCCCUUCGACUUCUCCGUCUGAUCGACGAAAAGUCGAUCGAAUUGACGUUUGCCCCGAACUUCCUGCUAUCGAAACUGACACGUGAUCUGGAGAAGCGCGUCGACCUUUUCGGAACGUUCGACCUGUCUUCCAUCAAGCGGAUUAACAGCGGCGGCGAGGCUGUUGUUUCCAAGACAGCCCAAGCGUUCGCUGCUACCAUGAAGCAGCUCAGCAAGAACCCCUCCGCUGUAUCGUUCGUCAUCUCUCCUGGAUUUGGAAUGACAGAAACUUGCGCUGGAUGCAUUUACGAGCCCGUGGAUGUCCUCGCAAAGGAGCCUGCUCACGAGUUCCUCGAUCUCGGGAGACCCAUCGAUGGUUGCGAGAUGCGCAUCGUGGACCCCGCAGAUGGGGCCACCCUGCGCCAUGACGGAGAGAGCGGCGAGCUCCAGGUUCGCGGACCGAUGGUCUUCGUACGAUACUACAACAACGCAGAGGCCACGUCCUCCAGCUUCGUCGAGGGCGGCUGGUACCGCACCGGCGAUGUCGGCAUCAUCGAGAAUGGCGUCAUGCGGCUCAGCGGUCGUAUCAAAGACACCGUCAUCGUCCAUGGUGUCUCGUACGGCAUCCCCGAGCUCGAGACCCACCUCCAGACGGUGGAAGGGGUGACGCACUCGUUCCUCGCCGCUGCUCCGUACCGUGCUCCUGGUCAGGAGACGGAAGGAUUCAUCAUUUUCUACUCGCUAAUAUUCGACCUCGAUGGAGCAGACGCUUCCACACAGCUCUUCGCCACUCACCGGGCCCUUCGGGAUAUCUGCGUGAAGAUGAUCACGCUGCCGCCUCAGUUCGUCGUUCCGAUCCCUGUGAACCAGAUGGAGAAGACGACUCUGGGUAAAUUGUCUCGUGCGCGUUUGAUCAGUCUUUUCAAGCAAGGUCAGCUCGCGAAGCACAUCGCUCGCUCGGAGGAGCUUUUGAGCGAGGCACGCGGCGCUACGUUCAUCGCCCCAUCCACGGAAACGGAGAAAGCGCUUGCCAAGAUAUAUGCCGAUAUCUUCAACCUCGCAGUUGACGAAGUGUCGGCGAGCGACAAUUUCUUCGAGAUCGGCGGUACUUCCAUUGAUGCUAUCCGGCUCAAGCGCGAAGGAGAGGAAUAUUUUGGCUUGCCUGAGAUUUCUGCUAUUCAAAUCCUCAAGCACCCCGUUCUCUCGAGCCUGUCUAACUACAUCAACUCCUUGCUCUCCAAGGGCACCCAGACUGAAGAGUACGACCCCAUCAUUCCUCUCCAACUUACUGGAAGUAAGACACCAAUUUUCUUCGUUCACCCUGGUAUUGGGGAGGUCCUCAUUUUCGUCAAUCUCGCCAAAUAUUUUCAUAAUGAGCGUCCCUUCUAUGCUUUCCGUGCUCGUGGUUUCGAUACUGGCCACUCCUUCUUCACUUCCAUGGACGAGAUGGUUUCCUGUUAUGCCGCAGCAGUUAAGAAGACUCAGGCGACGGGACCAUACGCUAUCGCAGGCUACAGUUACGGUGGGGUCGUCGCGUUUGAGGUUGCCAAGCGGCUCGAGGCCAUGGGCGACGAAGUGAAAUUCGUCGGUCUGAUCAACAUUCCUCCUCAUAUCGCCGACCGCAUGCACGAGAUUGACUGGACUGGCGGCAUGCUCAACUUGUCGCACUUCCUCGGUCUCGUGUCGAAGCACGAUGCUAAUGAUCUCGCGCCUGCUUUGAGAUCGAUGACGAGGAAGGAGCAGCUGGAGGUUGUGUGGAAGCUGUCUCCGCCUGAGCGUCUCGUCGAGCUGCAGCUGACGGCUGAGAAGCUCGACCACUGGGUGGACAUCGCCGGGUCGCUGAUCGAGUGCGGGAAGGAAUACAACCCAUCAGGCUCAGUUUCCGCGGUUGAUGUUUUCUACGCCAUUCCUCUCCGGGGCAGCAAGUCAGACUGGCUGAACAACCAGCUCAAGCCAUGGUCUGGCUUCAGCCGUGGCGAGCCAUCAUAUACUGAUGUUCCUGGGCAACACUACACGCUGAUGGACUUUGACCAUGUUCCGCAGUUCCAGAAGAUAUUCCGGGGUCGUCUCGAGGCUCGUGGCCUAUAAAAAUAUAGAGUGGUCUAUUAUUUUUUAUACCUGACAUUCGCAAGUAUCUAUUUAACUACUUAUAAUAGUUGGUACGUCGUCAUGCAUCUAUUGUUGUCUUAUGACACAAGCAUAUUAGAAAUCAUUCUUUGCAUUUUCUCAUGAUACUUAUAGUGCUUGUUAACUUGAGCCCAACGUUGGGAGUGACAUGAAACACCACUCUACUACGACCUCUUGGUGUUGCGAUCAAUAUGAAUCUGAAUCUGAUGGAUGUGCCUUGGGUCACACACCAUCACGUGCCGUAAAGCUGAAUUCUUCAAUUCACUCACUGACUUAGUUUUCUCACAC